AUGUCCUACACUUCUGACCUGUUGGCGACGUCGAGGCGACAACGUGCUUGCGAUAUGUGCAGAAGGAGGAGAGCUCGCUGCGAUGGUACAUACCAGUCGGGGUCCAAAUGCUCCAACUGCACUCUCCAGGGUUUCUCCUGCACGUACGUGGAACAAUCAACGAGGCGUAGCACUUCAAAGAAAUAUGUUUCGCGUCUUGAAGAUCGCCUGCACGAGUUGGAGAAAGCUCUCCAAGCGCUGUGUCCAGAAGAGACAAAUUAUGAAGAGUGGAUAGAAUCGUUAUGCGAGGACCAAGACGAUACAGUCCCUCGAAGCACGUCUAGAGCAAAAUCAGAACUGCUCAAGAACAUGGCCACUGCCCGAACAUCUCACUUCGAGGACUCACCGCACUCUGGAGACGACGAAGACGAUUCGGCUGUCCUCGCAAGCAGCCUACGAACCGACCGAUUCUUUGGCAAAUCCAGCGGAGAGGAGUUCGUUCGGACCGCAUUGUCCAUAAGGCAGCAGUACAUCGGCAGAAACAACCGUCCGAUAUUGACACACCGACGCGAGGAGUUCUGGAUCCCUCGACCGUGGGAAAUCAGACCCAACAUCGCCUCCACGCGUCGUUUCAGCUUUCCGGAGCCUGAUCUUGCGAAAGAGCUUGUCGAGCUUUACUUCGUACACGUCAACCUAUUUACCCCCCUCCUCCAUCGACUGACCUUUGAUAAAUCGCUACGCGAUGGACUACACUACUCAAGAGAGGGCUUCGCCGACGUCUACCUUCUUGUGUGUUCCAACGGUGCUCGGUUUUCAUCCGACCCGAGGGCACGCUCUGACGGGGAAGAUUCGCAAUUGGCGGCGGGGUGGAAAUGGUACAAUCAAGUUGAAACCGGCAAAACGUCCUUGCUGUCCUUGCCGUCUUUAUACGACAUACAGGUGGCGUGUCUGAGGAUGGUGUUUAUACAAAAUUCGACUUCGCCGAUGGUCGUUUGGCCCCUCCUCGGAAUGGCUAUUCGCUUAGCACAGGAUGUAGGCGCUCACAGACGCAAAUCUACCACUCCGACAGUUGAGGAUGAGCUCUGGAAGCGGGCCUUCUGGGUUCUCUUCUGUGGCGAUAGACUUAUGUCUCUUUCUAUGGGACGCCCGUUUAUCAUUCAAGAGGAGGAUUUCGACUUGGAUUUGCCUAUCGAUUGCGAUGAUGAUUACUGGGAGCAUCCCGAUCCGCAGAAACGGUUCAAGCAGCCCCCCAACAAGCCAUCUUUGAUCACUGCAUUCAUUAUGGCAAUCAAGCUCACAAGGAUCUUGGCCACCUGCGGUCGCGCUAUCUAUCCUAUCAGUAAAGCGUCGAUCUCCUUGAUCCACGGCGACAAGUACCGUCGAUCCGACUUCGUAGCGGAGCUGGACGCAAGUGUGAAUCAAUGGCUCGCGUCAAUGCCUCCUCAUCUGUCUUGGGACCCGUUGAACCAAACCAACGACAAGUUUUUCAAUCAGUCAGCGAUGCUCUAUAGCAUGUGCUACUUCACGCAGAUCUUUAUACACCGCCCACCUAUCCUGUCAUUGAAGGGUCACUUGUCUCCGCAAGCACUGAAGUCGCUCGGUGCAUGCACGUCGGCAGCCCAUGCGUGCAUUGAUAUUGCAGAAGCACAACUCCAACGGGGACUCCCCCAGGCCCCAAUUGGUCAGCUGGCAACGUUUAAUUCCUGCCUCGUCCUGCUCUUGAAGGUGUGGGGUGAAAAGGCUGGUUCACCAACUCAAUCCCCGUCGACGUCGACAGAUGAGAACCCCGACCUGGAGCAGGUUCGGAAGGGACUGCACGUCCUCAGAUCCCUCGAACGUCAGUGGAUUCAUGCAGGCAGAUUUCGGGACACACUUUUGUCCCUCUUUCCAGGGUUCGAAGCCCCUGACUGCGAGUCAGGGACCACGGAUACACAAUCGCCGGCUUCUCAGCUGGACAUUCUGUUGCAUUCCAAUAGGCCUCGUUUGCCGCAUGCCAAUAGCAAAUACAGUGGCCUGCCCGCUUCCCAGCAAGAUGCGUACACCGAAUUCGCUCUUGCCGGGAUACCCUUGUCCGGGAAUAGCCCCUGGAACCACGUCAUCAGCGGCUGGCCAAACUCAUAUAUCGCAGAUGAAAGCGAUACGCAUCCACCAGAGUUUCAACCUGUUGGAUUACCUUCGUUGUCGCCCGGAGGAACAACCCCAGUGACUGCAUCUACUUGCACGCCAAACGGCUUCGGUGAGAUGGACGUCGGACAGACUUCUUCGAACCCCGAUGUGCUGGGCCCCGCGGUAUAUCAUGGUCUUCAAGGCAGCUUGCAUGGCGAUGAAUGUUUCUACGAGAAUGAUGUGUUCGGCAUGUGGGUUAAUGAUGCGCCACCCGAUGUUGAGUAA